AUGCUGUUGACUUCAUCGUGGAAGCCGUCAGCUGCAGCUGCAGAUGAUGUCAGCGACCUGGACUACCUGCUGAAGAUCCUGCACUGGUCGGGUACGAUGCGCCACCCGCACGCUGGUCCCUGGGCCAGCCGCGCCCACUACCUGAUCAACGCGUUCUCGACGGUGGCGCUGCUGCUGUUCAUUUGCUCGCAGGCUGUCCUCCUUUGGCGGGACGGAGCGGCAGACCUCGAGCGGUUCACCCUGUCACUGAGCGUCCUGGACACGACGAGCGUCUUUAUGAUCCGCCUCAGGCACAUAGCAGCACUGGAGGCAGAUUUCCACAGGCUUGCCAUGCAGGAGCGCCGCGACUUCGGCGAGUUCCUCAGCGCCGACGACCUGCGGCUGGUUCACCUGAGGAGCCGCUCCAUACGGCGGGUCGUUUCGGUCUACCUGUUGUCGGGCGUCUUCACUUCCAUCGUGUACGCCGCUACACCCAUCAGCGCUGAGGGGCUGCCGUUUAUCCUGGCGCUGCCGUACGAUGCGACGCGGCCGCUCGCCUUCGCUGCCACGUGGCUCUACAGCGCCUACAUUGUCUUCAGCGUGGACAUCGGGACCAUGGCUGCCGACUCCUUCAACAUCACCCUGAUGGUCCAGCUGCGCAACCAACUCGAUUUGCUGAGCAGAAACCUUCGCAGCCUAAACGACAGUGUCUCACCCACGAAACCGACUUCGUUCCAAACACACUCUAUCAAAAAUAUACGUAGCUCAGAAGAUUUAAGCCACGACAUCCAUUAUCGGUUGCGAAAGAGCGUCCUUCAUCAUCAAGCAAUCAUAAGGAACGUUGAGCUGCUGGAGCAAUGUUUAGGCAGGAUGUUACUGGGGCAAAGCCUCUCCAUUGGGGUGUGCUUCUGCUUUCAGCUGUUCCAGACUGCCAAGAGGUCUAAUGGCGUUCAAGAAGUUGGUAAGACCAGCAGCUAUCUGGUCAUCGUACUCUCACUGCUGUUCGUGUACUGCUGGUAUGGGGACGAUCUCAUUUCUGAGAGCGAAAAAGUGGCGCUCUCGGCAUACGACGCGGUGACUUCACUGCAGGAAUGCCCCACGUCCACCAAACGGUCGCUGUUGCUUCUGAUGCUCAGAGCUCAACGGCCGCUACGAAUCACUGCUGGUGGCUUCUUCUCUCUCUCCCGAGAGUCCUUCGUGUCAGUUUUGAAUGUGUCGUAUUCAUUCUUCACUAUUCUUCGUAAUUUCAAUGAUGAAUAG